AUGGAGGAUGUGAUCCAGCAGAGCACACCUGAGGAGCUGGCGCCUCUCAUAGAAGCUCUGGAGAGGGCUCGCAUGCAGCAGGAGGAGGCGACUGGGAUCAGAGAGGCUCUGGAAGCGGAGGCGCAAGAAGUGGCGCAGCUGGCCAUCAAUGCAAAUGACAACUACCAGGGCGCUCAGGUCAGGGUGGAGGUGGCACGAGCCGAGCUGGAGGCAGCUCAGCAAGAGAAGGACUUUCUGAUCGGCGAGAUGGCUAAGCUGCAGUUGGAGCUUGAGCAGGAAGUGAAUGCUGCUGAGGGGGAGGAUGCCACCAUUGAGAAGGCCCUUGUCACCGAAACCCAGGAUCUGGGCAUCAGAGAAGUCCCAGAUGCGGAGGCGCUCCUGAUUGAGAUGGGAUUGCGCCUGGAGGAGAUCACAGCAAAUGUGGUGUCCCUCCAAGAGAAGGUGUUGACGCUGGAUGUGAAAGCAGCAUCAGCAAAGGCGGCGGCAGACAAUGCAGAGGCGGUUGCAUCUGCGGCGAUGAGCGCUGCAGAGGGCGCAGUGCGCGAGGAAAUGGAGGCGGCAGCGGUGGCAAAGUCGACAGCUGGCGCUCUGAACAACGUCAUAGCGGAGCUCAAAGACCUCGGCGUCAGUUUUGAGACCUCGGACAAGCUGGAGCGCUCCCUGCAGGCCAAGGGCGUCAGCAGGGUUGACUUGGAGGCGGCUGUGGACAAGGCACUCACCAAGACAGGGCCAGUUGCGCCAGCAAAGGCGCCUUCUGACUUGCGCGCGCCUGUCAAGGAGACGGCCACUGCACCUGCUGCGGCAGCUGCAAAGGAGCCGGAGAAAAAAUCAACUGUCGCUGCCACUGUCCUGAGGUCCAUGGAGGAGGAUGCGGGGCCCUCAGAGACCUCAAAGCUCGCAGCAUUCCUCCCCAGCUUCAAAUGGAUGGCGGCUGUGGCUACUGUCCUAGCAGCAGUGGCUGCGGUGGGAGUGGCCCUCUAUUUUGCCAGGCACACCGUCGCUGGCAGCACCAUCAAUGCCAAACUCUUCACACUAUAUGGCAUGGCCCAGCAGGCAAAGGCGGCAGUGCUGUCCCUGCUGAGCCACAUCCCACUGCCGGAAAUCCCUCACGGCGAAGAGGGCCUCUUCGAGAGCAUCUAUCUGCUGCUCACCUCCGUCAUUGUGGUGCCACUCGUGUGCAAACUGCCCGGCGGCAGCCCAGUCCUCGGCUUCCUGGCUGGCGGCGCGCUGAUUGGGCCGCACGCGCUGGGAGUGAUAAAGGACGUGGACGCGGUGCGCCACCUGGCGGAGCUUGGAGUGGUGUUCCUGCUGUUCAACAUCGGCCUGGAGCUUAGCCUGGAGCGCCUGCGCCAGAUGCAGAAGUACGUCUUCGGCCUCGGCAGCGCGCAGGUGUGCGCCACGCUGGCGGUGGUGGCGUACACAGUCAUGGCGGUGACUGGGCUGAGCGGGCCAGCCUCCAUUGUGCUGGGCGGCGGCCUCGCGCUGUCGUCCACGGCCGUCGCGAUGCAGGUGCUGCAGGACCGCGGCGAGACCGGCUCGCGCCACGGACGCGCCACCUUCGCCGUGCUGCUCUUCCAGGAUCUUGCCGUGGUGGUGCUUUUGAUGCUCAUUCCGCUUCUAGCUCCCAAUGAGUCGGGCGCCCCCUUCGGCCUGGCCACCAUCUCCAAGGCUCUGGGCCUCGCCGCCAUCAAGGCUGUCGCGUGCAUUGGCGUGAUCAUCGCCGGAGGCCGCACGCUGCUGCGCCCGAUCUACCGGCGCAUGGCAGACAUGGGCAACACGGACGUGUUUGCCGCCACCACUCUGCUGGUAGUUCUGGGCACCUCCGUGCUCACACAGAUCGCCGGGCUCUCCCUGGCUCUCGGCGCCUUCCUGGCGGGGCUGCUGAUAGCGGAGACAGAGUUCGCGCUGCAGGUGGAGAGCGACAUAGCGCCCUACAAGGGCCUGCUCAUGGGCCUUUUCUUCAUGACCGUGGGCAUGGAGAUCAGCGUUGGCCUCUUCUUCGCCAAAAUCCGCACCGUCAUCGCCGGCAUCCUCGGCCUGCUCAUUGGCAAGGUGGCUGUGGUGGGAGCGGUUGGGCCGCUGUUUGGGCUGUCGCGCAUCCAAUCCGUGCGCGCUGGACUGCUGCUGGCUGCAGGCGGAGAGUUCGCCUUUGUCGCCUUCGGGGAGGCUGUGUCACACGGCUUGAUAGGCAAGGCGAUGGUGAGCGAGCUGUUCCUGGUGGUCGCGCUCACAAUGGCGCUCACGCCGCUGCUGGCCGAGAUUGGGCAGCGCCUCGGCAAGGCCUUCGAGAAGAGCGACGUCAAGGCGCUGCAAGCGACGGAGGGGCAGACGGAGGAGCUGCGCGGCCACGUCAUCAUCGCCGGUUUCGGGCGCGUUGGGCAGAUCAUUGGGCAGCUUCUGGCCGAGCGCCUCAUCCCCUUUGUGGCCGUUGAUGUGCGCAUGGAAUGCGUCCAGGCCGGAAAGGAGCUGGACCUGCCGGUGUACUUUGGGGACGCCGGCAGCAGCGCAGUGCUGCACAGCCUGGGAGCGCACCACGCAGCAUGCGCAGUCAUCACACUCGACACCCCAGGCGAGCCGUGGGAAAUCUCCUGCAUAUACAGUGCCAACUACCGCAGCGUGUGGGCGCUGCACAAGCACUUCCCCAACGUGAAGAUCUACGUGCGCGCGCAUGAUGUCCAGCAUGGGCUCAACCUCGAGAAGGCUGGCGCGACUGCGGUGGUGCCAGAGACGCUGGAGCCGAGCCUGCAGCUGGCGAGCGCGGUGCUGAGUCAGCUCAACAUGCCGCCCGACGACGUGCAGGAGGCCAUCCAAGACUUCCGCCGCGCGCACAUCGGCGAGCUCCAGGCGCUGUGCAAGACGAGCGGGUCGACGCUGGGCUACGGCUUCCCAACCAUGGACUUGGAUGAGGACGAAGUCAUCUCUUUCAACGGCGACGGCGCUGCCCCCGGUCUGCCCCUGGCGGAGGCCGUGCCCUGA